AUGGUUCUCGAUAACAAGUCCUUCGCGCAGAAGACCCUCGUGGUCUACGGCAUCUGCUACAUCUUCUACGGCGCCUCCUUCAUGGGUGAGACCCUCGGCCUGGAGGACGCCGGCUCGAAGUUUCAGGGCAAGAAAUCCGGCCCCGUCGGCUGGUCCGCCGCUCAGUGGGCCGGUAUCGGCGCCAUCGUGUGCGGCCUCGACUGCCUUUUCGUCGCGUUCAAGACCGGCGAGCAGACCGCCCUCCGCACCAUCCUCGUCAACGUCUUCGGCUGCUUCAUGCGCGUCGGCGUCUUCGCCGCGCAGGGCUCCAAGGCCUGGGGCGGCGAAACCGUCCACAACGAGUUCCUCCAGGGCGGCGCCAUCACCACCGUCUUCACGAUGGUCGGCCUCUACAACCUCAACGGCAACAUGAAGGCGGUCAAGAACGUCAUCAAGGUUCCCUCCAUGUCCGACCUCACCCACGCGGGCCUUCUCGUCCAGUUCACCCUCUUCUUCUUCUACAUCAUGCAGUUCAUCUGGACUGACUUUCCCGGAGCCAACUACAACUGCAAGGGCCCGUGCCGCGCCGAGGCCGGUCUCUACGGCAUGAUGGCUUGGACCGUGACCAUGUGGGCCCAGGUGACGCUUCAGAUCCUCGCCAUCAUGCAGACCGCCUCCAACGCCGAGAAGAUGGAGUUCGCCAAGAUGCGCGCGCUCACCGUCCUCGUCCAGCUCUGGCAGAUGCACACCCCCGGCGAGAAAGCCGUGUCCAUCCCCGCCAAGGACACCGAGAACAAGGCCGCCAUGGCCAUCGCUUUCCUCUCCUGCGCCGUCGCGGGUUUCAGCGACAAGCUCAAGGGCAACGCCAAGCCCGCCAAGUCUGCCACCCGCGCCAAGCGCAAGUAAGCGACUCGCCUAAUCCACCGUCGCUCACGACGGUUGGAUGACAUCAAGACAAGUCCCGAGAACGACUCGAGCCGGGCAAAAAAAAAGACCUUAACGUAUAUAAUGCAUCGGGAUAAAAGAACGUUGCGGUGUCGCGGGACGCGCAGCCGAGCGCCGAGGGGAUUUCCGGCCGCCGCGCGCGUCGCCACCGAGUGAUGUAUUGACCUCAUACGAUCGCGAGGAGCGUCGACGGUUUGUCGUGUUCGUCGGCGCUUGAAAUAAAAAUCAGUCAACCUCGCCACC